AUGUGCAAUCAGUGUCGUGAACACUUUCCCUCGCUGGCUGAGCUCAACAGACACACUCUAGAGCUGCAUAAUUCCUUCCGCUGCAACGUCUGCAAAGCUAAAUUCACUCAACGCUCCAAUCUGCAAAGACACUCCCUCAAACAUAACUUGGUCAAAACCAGUCCCUGUCCAGACGGUAUGGACACGCAGGUGACGAGUUGUGAAGGUCUGGCGGAUGAACCGUGCGAUGUCUUCAGUCCCGCAUUGUCAACCCUCACCCCCGAGCAGAACGAUCAACACAUGGUAGAUCUGCAGGCGAAGCAGGAUGAGGAGGCACUGCAGCCGACCUUGGAUGUGUCCAAUGACAAACCGGAGGCCUUCACAGACGAGGAAGUUUAA